GCUGCCUGGGUGGCGGGCUGCGCUCUGCCGGUGCCCGCCUGCCCUGCAGCCCGCCCGUCGGGGCCGUCGGUGCAGCCGCUCCGUCCCCCUGAGGCGAGCGAUGGGCGAAGCGUCCCCGGCCCGCUGGGCUGGGAGAGCCGCGCCGCGCCGAUCCGCCUGCCUCGCCGGUCGUGGUGGGAGCGGGAGAGCCACGGUGCCGGCGGCUGCUUCUGGAUGUCACGUAAAGGGGUAGUGGCAGGCAGGGAGCGGCGGCGCCCUGAGGAGAGCCCCAGACUAGCCUAUUUUCAGAGAGUGGUUUGCAAGCCGCUCUCCCGAAUUAAUAUGCAAGGCUUGCUGGAGCUCGGGAUACCCACUGCCUGCCCAGAGGAGCGCUUGGAGGAACGUGGCUUGAUCUCCCUCUUGUGGAAAAUUAUCGGAACUAAAUUCUUGUGCUACUAAAGAAGAAAAGUCUAGCAUCAGCGAACAAAUGAUGGCAUCAGUUACUGUGCCACCUGGUGCUCUCGUCAGCCUUCAAGGAAAUGAAGAGAUGGACCCUCUGAUCGUACUGCAUUAUAAUUACACAGGAAAGCUUAUUCUAAGGGAGAAGGCAACUGAUAACAUAGACCUGCCCACUAUCGCGUUUCUGAUCCUAUGUAGUUUCAUAGUUCUGGAAAACUUGAUGGUGUUGAUUGCCAUAUGGAAAAACAAUAAAUUUCACAACCGCAUGUACUUUUUUAUUGGCAAUCUGGCUCUCUGUGAUCUUUUAGCUGGGAUUGUUUACAAAGUAAACAUUCUGAUGUCUGGGAAGAAAACUCUGAGCUUGUCCUCCACAAUCUGGUUCAUUAGGGAAGGCAGCAUGUUUGUUGCCCUGGGAGCCUCCACCUUCAGCUUACUAGCAAUAGCUAUUGAGCGUCACCUGACCAUGAUUAAAAUGAGGCCUUACGAUGCGAAUAAGAAAUACAGGGUGUUCCUUCUCAUUGGUACAUGCUGGCUUAUUUCGAUUUCCUUGGGUGCCUUACCCAUCCUCGGCUGGAACUGUAUAAACAACUUGCCAGAUUGCUCAACAAUUUUGCCUCUCUACUCCAAGAAGUAUGUUGUGUUCUGCAUUAGUAUCUUCAUAGCCAUUUUGGUUGCCAUUGUCAUCCUUUAUGCCCGUAUCUACAUCCUGGUAAAGUCCAGCAGUCGUAAUGUCACCAACCACAAUAACUCAGAGCGGUCCAUGGCACUCCUUAGGACUGUUGUGAUCGUUGUUAGUGUCUUCAUUGCCUGUUGGUCUCCACUGUUCAUCCUGUUCCUCAUCGACGUGGCCUGCAGAGUCAAGGAGUGCUCUAUCCUGUACAAAGCCAACUGGUUUAUUGCUCUGGCGGUCAUCAAUUCUGCAAUGAACCCCAUCAUCUACACUCUGGCCAGUAAGGAAAUGCGUCGGGCCUUCUUUCGCCUAGUUUGUGGCUGCCUGGUGAAAUCCAAGGUGUCCAGAUCUUUGCCUAUUCAGCCCACGCCAGAUCAAAGUCGAAGUAAAUCCAGCAGCAGCAAUGCCCAGAAGCAGAAGGAAGAUUUCCCACGGAUGAAUAUUCCCUCGUGUAUCCCUGAGAAAAAUGAAUCUUCAUUUCACAAUGGAAACUUCUGUAAGUAAAGGACUCCUCAAGACAAGUACCUUUCUGUGGCUUUCAGAUUUAAACUACAAGUGUAGUUUAAGUAUUCAUGCACUUAAGUCACAGAGGAAAACACUAACCACUUAUUUAACUUUGAGGACUUACUACCAAUCAUUUGCUUUGAGUGUUCAUUCAGUAACACACCCGAUUCAGAAAAAAACUUUUCAUGCCACACCACAGCCAGUACAGAGUCUAUACACAUCUAAUGACGUUGUGCGCCACGAUGGCAUUUCAUGAUGAGGCUGCAUUUGGCGCUGCCUGGUCUUGCAAGACGUCAGUAAAACCUGUUGCAAACUUCAGUGAUCACUAUACACUGCUGACAAUUGGAAAAUGAGCCUGAUUAUUGCCAACUGGGAGAAAAGCUCAUUACGUUUGUUGGUGAUUAUAGUUCUCUACAUGUAUCUUGCUGUUAUGUUAAUGGCCUUAUAUGUAUGUGGUAUAAAGAGCUGUAUAUUUGUACAAUUCCUUAUUAAAAAGUUGUUGUUUGGUAAAAGUUUACAAUAUGCUAAACAUUGUAUUGCAGUAUACAGUGUAAAGUGACAAAUUAUACUAAUAGAUAGAUGUGUUUCAAUGGGGAUAUUUGAAAAUAUAUGAAGUAGUAGCUUUUAACUGACAGGAACUUUAACAUGUCAUAUCAAUGCAGUAUUUUUAUUUUUUCCACUGUUAUUCGAACUUUUCAUGUUUAGUGAAAGACAACAUGACAGUUGUCACUGUGACAUUUCACAACUUAUUUUAAACAAGCAGUAGUAAAUAACCAUCAAGAGAGGUUAUCUAUAUAUGUUCACUAUUUAAAGUAGCUAAAAUGUGACCCAACAAUACAUGUGUAUCAAGUGUGUGUACUGUUUCAAUGCAUAUAUUUUUACUUACUAUUUCCAAUGUAUUUAAAAAUGUAUGUCAAACCUAUGUAAACCUGUGUACAUUGUGAAUGCACUACCUAAGCUGAGAUUGUUCAGCUCUGAAACAGAGACGUGUCAUUUCAGAAAGCAAUGAACCACAAACGGGUCCCUGUGGAGUUCCUUCUCCCCAGGCACUAUCGCAGCAUGGGACUGCGUUAGAAAUUUUCCCUGGGAAGAAGUCCAGCCAGUGGGACAAGAUCCCAUUUUCUAGCAGUGGGACCCUACGCUCCUACCGCCUCCAGGCACUUUUGCAGAUACAAGAGGGAAGAUGUGGUACAACAGGAUCAUGCUGAAGGGCCUAUCUCCAUUUAUACCUGACCCGGCCUUGGAUCUGGAAUGAAAGCCUGUUUAGUUUGGAAGAUCUUCCUUCCAGCUUUCCCAGAGCCUCAGACUCACUCUUUUGAGAGGCUUGUUACAGAGAAACCUGUAUGUAAAACAGCCUUAUGGUUCAUCACCGCCUUACCAGCCUCCGUACAGGAUGGUGUUCAGCAUCAGAGGGAUUCCCUGAGACCUAGAGCAGUUAAGACUUCAUAAACAUCUGGUUUCUAGUCCCCGUGGAAGUGGCCCGUGGUACUUCAUCAGCAGUACUUUAUGGCUGGACGCUUCAGUGGAGGUUGACGGGAAAUUCUGAGAUAAGUUCCCGUUGUCCUUCGGUAAGAAUGUAAGCAUCUAACUCUAUUGAACUCUUUCAAAGAUUUGUGUUUAAUGUCUCAAACCACACCCUGCCUUAUGCACAAUCAGAUGUAGUUGAGGCUUUUUUAAUACACAGUAUGAAAGAGCUCAUCCUUAGCUUUACUCUGGUCUUAAUCAUUUAAAGCAGCAGCAUUAGACUCUUCCCAAGUAUGUACAGUGUAUAAGUUGUGUAAUGUGUGUAGCAAAAGCCUUUAAAAUGUAGAGGUUAGCAUUGUGAUUAUCUUUUACAAGUUAACAGUCUGCUUGUAAAUGUUUUACGCUGUUAAAAAAGUUUAAGAACAAAGAAAAACUGUAUUUGAAUGAAAUAACUGUGAAAGAGAGUAGUAAAUACGAAAUAAUGUCUACCAAAAAUGUUGAAAAGUGGUGCACUUAGAGAAGAAGAAAAAGCUAAACUGAGUUAAGAGUGAUAUAACUAUAUGAACUGCAGGCUGGGUCAGCAGCUCUGCAGCUUUGUGAGAAAUAGAACUGGUGACAUUGCAUUGCCAUGGCUUGCUUAAGUUUUUAGCUCUUACAGUGCUAUUUGGCUGUAUUUUCAGUGUGGAAGUUCUCCCUGGAAGUUGUUUCUUUGAAAACUGCCAGCUAUAGUACUUGUGUACUUCUGAAUGUUCGUUCAUGAGGUGGUGGCGUGCGGCAGCAUUCCUUGCUAUCAUAGAGCAGAAAGCCCUUAGCAGCACAACGGUUUGAGAAAACAUUGUGGCAAACUCUGCACCAACUUUCGUGUCAAGGAUGUUACGUGAUUCUCGCUAUUUAGGUGAAGAGCAUUAAUAUUUUUAAUAGCCAAAGUCCAAGAGUACGCACAUAAAAGUGAGAUUUAACAUCUGGAUUCUAGCCUUAGCUAUUGUCAGAGUUGAUGCAAGGCACAAGUAAAGCAAGUAACUCCGCUGUUGGAGGCCAUGUGAUUGCAUGUCAGUAUAAAAAUGUUUAACUCUACUUUGAUUUCCUUCUCUUAUUUUGGAGCUGUGGGGAUAUUUUGUUAGUUCACUACCCUGCUGUACUUGAGGCAGGCUCCUAAGAUUCAUGGGUUCACAUGUAACAUUGAUAAUAUAAUUUACAAAAUAUGUAAGAUUGAAGGGAAAAAAUCUGUUGUGCAUACAGUCUUCAGUGGGUACAUCCCACUGGGACGUAUUAGGUAAAGCACAGAUUCUGGAUGAUUUCAGAGCAAAACUUUGAAUUAUAACAAGCCAAGGGCUUAACAACAGUGGACCAUAAACAACCAGGAAGGUGUCCUAUCCUUGAAGCUGGAAAAAGAUGGAGAAUAGCUUCUUUCACCCUAAAAUUUUAGAAGAUUCCUUAAAAUACAUGCCAGAACCAAAGCUUUUUAUCAUCUAGGCUGAUUUGAGCAUAGAAGAAACUGAGUCAGCUCUCCUUUUCCCAAUUGGUUUUACAUGGAACAGAAGCUACAAAGGAGACUAACGUUUCAUUCGUAUUAUUUCAUUAAUUGGAAUAUUUAUUUGGUUCUGGAUUAUAAAAGAAAUGCAAAUCAAAUCACCUAAGGAGGAAAAAAAGCUUUCACAAGAUGCUUUCCAAGAGUUUUAUUGCCAACAAUCUUGCAGAGUAUUUUCAACUCAUUAGGUACCAUAAACAUUUUGAAAACUUUUAAUUAAAUCUCAAACCUUUGAACCGAA